AUGUCCCAGCUGCCACGGCGAGGGCAUGCGUGGAAGCUUCAUCUGCAGCAGAUGCAACGGCAACGACGUGGUCCCCGUGACGCAGAAUUCUUGUCCGUCCACGUUCCCUGCCGCCGCCGAUCCUCUUUCCUCUCCGGGCCAGCCGCCCAUCGUCUGCCGUCGGGACCUCGUCUCCGUCGGAGAAGCAAACACAUCAUGAAGGAGGGCACCGUCGUCGAUGGCCCGGCAUCUUGGCACCCGGACACCCGCGUAUUGUCCGCUGUCGGGCCUUUGUCUCUGUCGGAGAUGGCAGCACGGCAUUGUCAAGGAUGGCACCGGCGCUGGUGGCUCGGCACCUGGGCACCUGGGCACCCGGGCACUUGCGUGCCGUCUGCUGUAUGCUGUCGGGACUUUGUCUCCGUCGGAGAGGCAAGCAACACAUUGCAAAGGAUUGCACUGUCACGAAUGGUGCGUCCGGGCACCCACACCCUGUCCGCUGUCGAGACUUGUCUCCACCGGAGGAGUACGAAAUAUUACACCAUCAAGGACGACACCGUCGCUGGUGGUCCGGCACCCGGGCACCCGAGCACAUAUUGUCUGCUGCCGGCACUUUCUGUCGGGACCUCCAUCGGAGAGGCAAGCAACACAUUGCAAAGGAUGGCACUGUCAUCAAUGGUGCGUCCGGGCACCCACACCCUGUCCGCUGUCGAGACUUGUCUUCACCGGAGAACGAAAUAUUACACCACCAAGGACGACACCGUCGCUGUCGAGACUUGUUCUAUCGGAGAACGAAAUAUUACACCGCCAAGGACGACAUCGUCGCUGACGGUCCGGCACCCGGGCACCCGAGCACAUAUUGUCUGCUGCCGGCACUUUCUGUCGGGACCUCGUCUCCGUCGGAAAAGGAGACAACACAUCGGCAAGGAUGGCGCAGCUGCCGACGGCACGGCACCUAGGCACCCGGACACUCGCGCAGGACACCUUGGCUAUCUUGGCGUGUCCAGCAGUCUUGUCGGAUUUGGCUGA